AUGUGGUUUCCUUUGGAUCCUAAAAGAAGAAAAGAAUGGGUUCGCCUGGUUAGGCGCAAAAAUUUUGUGCCAGGAAAACAUACUUUUCUUUGUUCAAAGCACUUUGAAGCCUCCUGUUUUGACCUAACAGGACAAACUCGACGACUUAAAAUGGAUGCUGUUCCAACCAUUUUUGAUUUUUGUACCCAUAUAAAGUCUAUGAAACUCAAGUCAAGGAAUCUUUUGAAGAGAAACAACAGUUGUACUCCAACCGGACCAUCUAAUUUAAAAUCAAACAUUAGUAGUCAGCAAGUCCUGCUCGAACACAGUUAUGCCUUUAGGAAUCCUAUGGAGGCAAAAAAGAGGAUAAUUAAACUGGAAAAAGAAAUAGCAAGCUUAAGAAGGAAAAUGAAAACUUGCCUACAAAAAGAACGCAGAGCAACUCGAAGAUGGAUCAAAGCCACAUGCUUGGUGAAGAAUCUAGAAGCAAAUAACAUAUUACCUAAGGGCACAUCAGAACACAUUUUACCAACUGCCUUAAGCAGUCUUUAUUUGGAAGAUUUCAAGAUUCUUGAACAAGAUCAGCAAGAUAAAACAUUACCAAUUCUCAAACCUAAGCAGACCAAAAGCACCUUCAUUUAAAGUUAAUCUGCAUAGAUCUUGAUGCCCAUCUUUAAUUUUGUUCAAAGAUAGAUAUGUAAGGAAAUUAUGCCAGAAUUGGGUAUUUAAGUUUUACUUGAAGCAGCACUAUUACUAUAUAAUUUAUGAAGAUUUGAUUACAAAAAAAUGGAAAACUUUCCAUGAAACUUUUAUUUGAAAAAGAAUGGAAGUGCCUUACAUGAGAGUUAACUACUUAAAAAUUUUUGCUAGGAAAUUGUAUGUUUGCAAGGUAUUUUGUGUUUUUGGUUUUUAAACUACUUUAAAGAAUGGUCUAUGACAAGUGAUGUGUUUAAUUUAUAUUAGAAAAUUUUUUUCCUGUGCCAAAGUUGGGAUAUUACAUUCUAAAUGAGAUGCAAAGUAGGAAUUAGCCAGCAUUUAAAUAUGAUUUUUAAACAGCUGGAUUUUGUUGUAAAUUAUUGUUAGCACUGUGAUUUGGAAAAUUUAUAGAAAAAACACCUGAGGU